UAUCGAUUUUAUUUUGUAUUUUUAUUUUUCUAUUUUUUAUUUUCAUAUCUACACUUCUUUUUGGUUAUAUGGAUCUUGUUGCCCGUAAAAAACUAAACCUGGAAGUGUUAAAAAGACACGAUCCCAAUAUUUGUGAUAUCCUAGACCAAUCAGCCCAUGCUGUUGUAUACAAGUUUGAUACAGAAAAGACAAGUUGGGAAAAACUAGGUUAUGAAGGUGUUAUCUUCCUUACACAAGGAAAAAGUGCACCUUAUUUUGGUUUGUACGUCUUGAACAGACUCUCUAUCGAAAACUUCUUUUUACACUUGACAGACUUUGAAGAAAUCAACUUGACAGAUGAGUUCAUUAUCUAUCGAACAAGUGAAGGAGAAGCAUGCGCACUAUGGCUUUAUGAAAUCAAGGAUCGAGAGCGUAUUUUGGCCAAGAUUCAAAAAUUACAUGAAGGCAUGAAAGCAUUACCUUCUACUCAACCUAAAUCAAACAACAAGAUUGAUAUCCUUCAAAUGUUAAAGAAUGCUUCUACAUCUACUUAUCAAGAACCCAAUAUGAAUGCAUUAAACCAUACCAUGAAUAACAUGCAUAUAAAUGAACCACCUGUAAGAAGAGCCAUUGCGAAUGGUGAGCUCACAAAGCCAUUUUAUCCCCCUUUUAUGAACAUGGCAUCGCCUGUUGCUUCACCCAAUACAAAUCGAAAUUCAGGUGCAUUAUUGCAAGCAUUGCAUGGUGGAUUAGCACCUCCACCUCCACCACCUCCACCACCUCCACCUCCACCACAUAUGGGAUUGCCUAUCAUGCCUCAACAUAUGAUGGCUAUCAUGGGUCCUGAAAUAAGCAGAAGGUUCGGUAAUAGACCCAUGCUAUCUAAGCCUGAAUUUAUUCAACAACUAUUAAGCAUGAUUCAGUGUGAUCCUGCCUUUUUAGAUGCUCUUUAUCAAAACUAUAAGGGGCAAAUGAGUGCACUUGAAUAAUAAAAAAAUAUUUCAAUCUGCGUAAAAAAAUA